CCGUCGUCAUUUCAAAGUAUUAUCACUCUUCUUGUUUAACGAUAAUUUUUCAUCGUAUGUACCGUACGUGCAAGAUGGCGGAACGGAGCAAACAAGACUUUAACAGAAGUGCAUUGACAGUGCGAUGUGGACGGGCAUGGUAUACGGGACAACGAGCAGAAAAGAUUCCUGGAGGAUUAGUGGGUGUUGUUGGUGGUGAUUGCACGAGUUUAGAUCUAUCUUACAAUGAACUAACCUCUAUCACCGGCGUCAAACACUUCCAGAACCUACAGGAGCUGAUACUCGAUAAUAAUAAACUUCGGGAUCUAAAGACGUUACCUCGUGUACCGAGUUUGACUACUCUCAGUUUGAAUAAUAACAAGAUAACAGACAUAGACAACGCGUUGAAAAGGAUACAGGAGUGUUGUCCGAACAUCGUGUACGUGAGCCUGCUCGGCAACCCAGGAUGUCCGGAUCAGCUGACCAAUCCGACGUUAACCGAUGACGAGGAUUACAAUCGUUUCAGACUGUACGCGAUAUACAUGUUACCUUCGACCCUACGGUUCCUCGAUUCGCGUCCUGUAACGAGACAAGAGCGAAAGGACGCUGAGAGACGAGGAAAGUACUCGAGGACCGUGAAACCGAUGCCGGAUUUCUCGCCCAAAUUCGUUUCCGACCCGAUGGAUGACUACGAUGAUAUAUUCUUCAACGUUCAUUACACACCCUUGCCAAGGUCGAUUCGCGAUCCUCUUGAUCACAAAGGAGCGUUCGGGAAGUGCAAGUACCGAUAUUCAGGGAAGAACUCGGAAGGGAAUCGGUUUAUUUCGAAUAACGAUCUUUGAACGUAAGCAUAUCGAAGCACCUCCAAGUGUAUAGUAGGUAAAAAGAGUAUUGGCACGCAAUGUUACAAGGAAAUUCACCUAAUACGAACUUCUCAAUUUCGAUGAAACUCUAUAAGUAUGUAUAUCAUAACAGAUUAUACGCGCUACAAUUUUCUUGUUCACGUAACAUCAUUCUGAGCAGAUGAAAUCAGCAAUCGAAUUUUCAACGCUCCUUUCAUCUUUCUUUAAAUAUAACUUUAUAACAAUACAAGAUACAACAAAA